CCAUUUUUAAUAAUUUCCCUAGUAUGAUUGCCUUUCUAUAGGUGUUUAAUGACGAAUUGGAUAAACAAUUUUGUAUACGUACACAACGUGGUACACAACACGUAUACAAUUUCUAGAAGGGAUGUGGAGAGCAGGUGUGACAACUGUUCAAAUGUACCGUGUAACUUGUUCAAACUUGGGUCUUUUUAAAUUCUAAAUCAAUUUAAAUGUGAUUGUAAAGUUAUUGUUCAAUAAAAAGUCAAAUUAAAAUCCUCCUAGUAAAAUAUGUCGAAACUGGACGAAUCCAGCAUUGAAAUAUACAAAUACGAAGCAGAUGAUUUCAAAUUUGUCGUCAUGAAAACCGAUCAAGGUAAUUCAGCGUUGGAUUUACUGAUCACUGAGAAAUGGGAAGAGGCACAAAAAAAUGGAGUGUUCAAAUACGUCCUGAAUAUAAGGAAUCAGAAAACGCUGGACGGAAAUUAUGGCUUUUUAGCACAGUUGAAUCCAGAGAGAGGGGAGAAGAGGCGCAAGCCUGAAGACAUCUCGUCAAUGGCGCAACCCUUCGAUCCUACCUUGUUCAACUUUACAAAGAUACCAAAUCGAGAGAUCUUUUUUGAUAUUGGUAAUGGAGAUGGGAAUGACGUGGUUGCUGCAAAUAUCAGCCCCAUUGAAAGUUGCCAUAGUCUAUUACUUACAGAACGAUUCAAAUGCCUACCACAAAAGGUCACAGUGUAUAGUCUUAGAAGAGCAGUCGAGCUGUUACUUCUGAGUAACUCACCAUAUCUGAGAAUGAUGUUCAACAGCUUGUGUGCUCAUGCAUCUGUUAAUCACUUACAUUGGCAUUUGUGCUAUUUGAAACAUCACAUGCCUCUUGAAUGUAUAAAGCUCAAUCAUCUUCGAGGCCCGGUGUUUGAGUUACUAGAAUUCCCGGCUAAAGGAUUUUGCUUGAAGUUAUCCUCAUUUCUGAAUCUUAAUAUUGAUAAUUUAAUUUCUUGGACGUACUUCAUUGUGAAUUAUCUCCAAACAUCAAAUAUUGCUCAUAAUAUUUAUAUAACAAGAGCUAAAACCAAAGCCGAGAGUGAUGUCUACGAUGAUUUACGGGUUUACAUUUGGGCAAGAAAAUCCAGUUCUGGUGUCAAAUGCACUUUGGACUUUAUUCCAGCUGUAUGCGAGCUGUUUGGUCAUUUAUCAAUUAAAAGUGAACAAGGGUAUGAAGAUUUAACCGAGGAUGGAGUGGCCCAAACUUUGAAUGAUAUCACCUCACAUUGCUUCUUUGCUGCCAGGGAUAAUAUAUUAGAAAUGAAUUUAGAUGACAUAGGAUUAAAAAUGGAUUAUUGUUGAACAGUCAUUCCUUAGAAAAUUCAAAUCAACAAUUACAUUUAUUACAAUUUAAUAAAGUAAUUUGAAUUAUUGUAUGAUAUUUGAAACAGGAUACCUAAAUGGUUUUUGAUCUACAAAUUUUUAUCGCUAUAAAGUGACCUAGAAUAAUUAUACAAAAAAAAUAGAAACUAUAAGAAUACCCAUUGGUAACAAGAUAAAUCAAGUUUUUUCAUAAAUUAUAGUAACCGAUGAUCAUACAAAGCCUAGGUUCGAAUAGGUUAAUCUUGUUUAAAGUUUAGUGGAUAGUGGAGCAUAUCAAGUAACUCAGUAGCUUUGCACAAUAUACAGUGGGAAGAAUCAUACUCUGACAUAAAAAUCGAUGGUUUUUCACUGAUUAAACAAACAAAAAUAAUAAAAGUAGUUGAACAGUAUAAAUCAAACGGCACCAAUUAAAAGAAUACAAGUACAAAAAGUCGAAAGUGGAAUGAGGAAAAUUUUUCCUUGCUUUUGAAUGAUUCCUAUUUUUCCAAAUCUAGAUUUGUUUCCAUGAUUAUUUUAUUAUUAUCUAUUAUCCAGAUACCCGGUUAAAUCAUAAGAUUCCAAACUUUCAGAGUUCUGUUGGUAUGGUAACGGAUGUUUGUU